GAGGGACAAGACCGAGGCAGGGGAACGUCUGAGGGAGUCUGAGGGAACCGGUGGGCAGGAGAGACUUUGGACUUUGGUUUAAACACAUUCUCAGUGUCUCUGGAAGUGGAUCGACUUUGAUUCCUCGGGAUCUCUCCUCGGACUAAAGUUUUGCUGCGCUUUUGGCUGUGCGCUUUUUUUUUCUCGCUGUGCGCUUUUUUUCCUCGCUGACUUUGAUGGUAGGCUACUCCGUGUUGGGAUUAACCAAAACAACAACACUAAGGGAAAAAGACUACUCAGAGAGGAGAACCGUCUCCUCAGAAAAGGGAACUGAAACGACUGGAUCGGGUUUUCUUUGGUCCCAUCUUUGGAUAACCACACUUUGUUCCUCACAGUGAAACUUUAACUUUGGAUCUUGGGAGCUGCUGAGAUGCGGUGAUGGAGUCCGCUGAUGUUUCCAAGAUGACUUCUCCUCUUAUUUCCACAUGUUGUCUCUUCUCAACUAAAACCAUGAGCCGAUUGAAGUGGUCUGUUUUGAUCCUCACCGUCCUUGUAUCUGCUUGGAGUCCAGUUUCUGCAGGUGAACUGACAGAUAUGACGUUUGAGCGGAGUCCCACUACCAUCAUCUCCUCCCUGGAGAAACCCGUGGAAAUGCACUGCACCCUGAAAGGCACCGGGGGCGAGGAAGAGGACCCUCCUGAUGUGCUCUGGCUGAGAAACGGCGAGCCACUUCCUGACGCUGAAACCAACCAGGUUCAAGUUCACACCGGCAGGAACAGUUGGACGAUAAUGAGCACGCUCAGUAUUGAAAAGGUCCACCUGCUCGACAUGGGCUCCUAUCGAUGUGCCGUCUUUUCUGAAAACCAUCAGACUCUCUCUGAGGAGGGGGGAAUCCAGCUGGAGGGCCUUCCUCAUUUCUCGGUGGAACCCCAGCACAUAUCUGUAGUGGCCAACCUAUCCCUGAGCCUGAGGUGUGUGGCACACGGACCUCCGGAUCCAGUGCGUGUCAUCUGGCUGCAGGACGGGGCUCCUCUCAACUCCCUGACGGACCCGGUGGCCCUGUCGCCCUCAACACUCAACCUAGCAGGUUUAAACAGGACCAGCACCUUUUCUUGUGAGGCUCACAACCGCAAAGGUGUGGCCACCUCUGGAUCUGGAACUAUUACUGUUCUUCCAUCCCAGCCUCAGAAUCUGAGAUCUGUGGAGACCACGCCGACCAGUCUUCGUUUAUCAUGGCGGCCUGGCUUUGGAGGCGACUACCCGAUUGUCCGUUGUUCAGUUCAGGCCAAGCUUUCAGGAGAGUCCUUCACAGCCGGCCCGGAUAAAAUGAUCCACAACCAGAAUGUGAACAUCCCACCAGCCACGCACUUCAUCGGGGACCUGGAUCCCCACACCCUCUAUGCAGUCAGAGUGGCCUGUCACAGCAGCCAGGGCCCGUCUGACUGGUCGCCCUGGGUGGAGCUACUCACCAAAGAAGGAGUGCCAGAGAACCCGCCUGUCAACGUGACCGCCGCGCUGAAUGGGACAGAUGUCCUGAUGACAUGGGAGGAGCCUCCAGGAAGGCUUAAUGGAGAACUGCAGGGUUACAUGGUGGAGUACAGCACACCUGAGGCCCAGCAGCUUGUUGUGGAUACUGGGUUGGACACUGAGCUGUCAAUCAACCUGUCUGUCCCCCUCUCCAAUGUGUCCUAUCGAGUGUGUGCGUACACAGGGGCAGGGCAAGGACCCUGGACCCCCAUACAGACUCUGACACUUACUUUCGCUGAAACUGAGGAAUUUCGAGGUCACCAGUCCCCUCAGGCCUUUUCCUGGCACUGGUGGUAUGUGGUGAUGGCCAUCGCCGGCGCCGUAUCCAUAGCUGUCCUCAUGGCUGUUUACGUGGCCAAGCUGCGGCGCAAGGAGACCCGCUUUGGAGAGGCGUUUGAACCCAUGAUGGAAAGUGGAGAACUGGUGGUCAGGUACCGUGCACGUCGCACCUACAGCCGCAGGACUACUGAGGCAACAUUGAACAGCCUCGGCAUCAGCGACGAGCUGAAGCAGAAACUCCAAGAUGUGAUGGUGGACCGACAUAAACUGACUCUGGGAAAGACGCUGGGAGAAGGGGAGUUCGGCUCUGUGAUGGAGGGUCUUCUCACUCAGGAGGAGUCCGCUCUCAAAGUUGCUGUGAAGACUAUGAAGAUUGCCAUCUGUACCCGCUCUGAGAUGGAGGACUUCCUGCGUGAGGCGGCCUGCAUGAAAGAGUUUGACCACGCCAACGUCAUGAGGCUCCUGGGUGUGUGUCUGCAGACUGUGGAGAGUGAAGGUUACCCCUCCCCUGUGGUUAUCCUGCCCUAUAUGAAACACGGAGACCUGCACAGCUAUCUGCUCUACUCAAGGCUGGGAGACUGUCCUGUGUACCUCCCGUCUCAAAUGCUGGUGAAGUUUAUGACCGACAUUGCCCGAGGAAUGGAGUACCUCAGCAGCAAGAACUUCAUCCACAGAGACCUGGCUGCUCGUAACUGCAUGCUGAACGAGAACAUGAAUGUGUGUGUGGCCGACUUCGGCCUCUCUAAGAAGAUCUACAACGGAGACUACUACAGGCAGGGGCGGAUCUCGAAGAUGCCCGUGAAGUGGAUCGCUAUCGAGAGCUUGGCUGAUCGAGUCUACACAACCAAGAGUGACGUGUGGUCGUUUGGAGUAACCAUGUGGGAGAUCGCCACGCGGGGCCAGACUCCUUACCCCGGGGUGGAAAACAGCGAGAUUUAUGAUUACUUACGACAGGGGAACCGUCUCAAACAACCUCCAGACUGUCUGGACUGCAUCUACUCCAUCAUGUUCUCCUGCUGGCUCCUGAGCCCGAAGGAUCGUCCAUCAUUCGAGUCUCUGCGCUGCGAGCUGGAAAAAGCCCUUGAGGAUCUGCCCGACCCCCAGGACCCAGACGAGAUCUUGUACGUCAACAUGGACGAGUCCUCCAUGGAGCUCGGGGCCGUCGGUGGCCGCGACCCCCUCGGAGGGUCGUCCCCUCUUUGCCUUAAGGGCCUGGACUCUGUGACCACAGCAGAGGUUCACCAUCCGAACCGAUACGUCCUCUGUCCCCAACACGAAACCAACCGGGCCCUCUCUGAUUCCCUGGAGAGCCUGGACAUGCCAGUGUCGUCCUCCACGGCCACGCUGCCCCUGCAGCCGUCCUGCCGCUCCACCCCCAACCCCACCCCGACUGUGGAGCUGAUGGAGGACAGGGAAGGGCCCAGGAAAAUGACCUGGCAAUGAUGGAUUCACUCUUAAAUAAUGAACAAGACUCAUCACUGCCAAACUGUGCCAUCCUUUCAUUCCAGUCCAAGAUCGAGGUCGAGCUUCUGCUGCUGACUGUAAGAAACCUCACGUGCCCCUUCUUACACCCUUUGCACAAACGUUCUCACACACACACACACACACACACACACACACACAGCUGAAAGCAUUCCAAGGAAGUGUAGGAUUGGUAUCAUUCCCUUUGUUGCCCCCUUUGCUUCCUAAAUGAGCAGAUGUCUGAGUGAGUGUGACAGAAGUAUGGGACGUGAUCAGAUCAGUACGGCAGGAGGAACUCUGCUACCAACGAUGAAAGAUUGUGAGCAUGUUCAGAAGACAUGCGACGUACACUGCAGCACAAUCAGAAGAAAUAAAAAAGCCCAGUCGUCAAAGCAAUAAAUACACACAACACCUACAGCUAUUCUUCUUCUGGUAAUUAAGCUAAACAUGAUCAAGAGUCUGUGAAACCAGCUCACACACUGCCAGACUGAACUACAACCAAACACACUCAGGAGCUUGAGCUGUCCAUGGAGUCAGUGCUAACAUGGAGGACUCUGAAACGGACCUCUGAUGGAGAAACUCGUCUGAAUCUCAGCACAAAAAAAAGGAUCUGCAGGGUUUGUAUGGGAGGAGCUGAGUGCCUCUCAUGAAGGCAUUAUCAGGCAGAGAGGACUGACUGUUUUGAGGUUACAGUGAUGGACGUUUGUGAAGGAUAAUGUGUUCAAGUCACAGAUGUUGUUGCACCAUACUUUUUAUACUUUGAGUUGUUGUUUUUGGUUUGUAGAUCGGUUCCUUUCCUCCUUACCUUCAAAUGCAAUUCACAGAACCUAAAUUUGAAGCUCUAUCACCCAAUAUGAAGUCACUGAAAUGGUUUAAAAUAUAAACACUGCAGAAGAAGAGCAGGUUACCAAAAUGUGCAAAGAAAAAAUCCUCUCCAGGCUUCAGACGGUUUUAUGUGAAGCUCUCUCAUAUGAGGGACCUCUUGCUCAUAAAUCUAAAUCUGGACUACUUUUUAAAGACGUAUUUAAACCCUCAAAUCCUCCCCAGGUCUUGUACCACAAGCUGUGUUUUUUUAGUACCAUGAGCCAUCAUUUCCUCACUGACAGGUCAGUCAGCUGUGCAAGUCCUGUUUCACCUGCUUUCUGAAUCUUAAGUCAUAACUCAGGAACCUGAGACUCAGCAGGGACCGAGGUACUGUUCACACCAAGGGGUACAAAAUAAUCAGAGGUAGUUUAAGGGACUGAGGGGGGUCGGUACAGACGAUGGAGCUACCCGAGGCAAAGGGCAGGAUAAGCUCCUCACUUUGGUCUCAGGCUCAAGCACAGUGUUAUUACAGAUGUAAUUGUUUUGUGCUGUUUUUUUUUUUAUUUCUACAACUUUGCACUAAUGUUUUAUAUCAAUGUAUGUUUGUUUGUUUUGUGUAUAUCAUUUUUGCUUUUUUUAUUUUAUGUUUGUAACUUUCCGGACACUCUGUAGAAGCCUCUCAGCCGACACAUAACAACCUUUAUAUUCACAAGAACUCAACCUGUGAAUGCAUGGCAGGGCGUCGAACUCAAGUAGUGUUUUUCAUAAACAAGCAGAGGCUGGGAAACAUGACUAACCUCAUCAUCUGACAUCAUCCCAACCCUUUUCUGGGAUGUGUUUGUCUCUGGAGGUUUAGCACUGUAAAUAGUAGUCUGUUACACGCAGAGCGGAGGAUGAGGACACAGGGAGCAGCAGCUGAAAAGCAAAUAUGAGUGAGGCCGUGCGAGCGUCACCAGCUGCAACUUUGCAUCAUGCAUGCACUUAUUUUUAUAUAUAUAUAAAUAUUUUACAGAUCUUAACUUGACCAUAUUUCAUCACACAUUUUGGGAGGAUGUGUUUGAAUGAGGCACUGUGUUUUUUUUAGCUGUAUGCAUCAAAGGUACUUUUAUAUGUAACAGAGUAAACAGUGUCGUACUGAAAUGAACAUCCUCCUCUGGUACUGUGUGUACAGAAUGAGAGUCAGACAUUGUGCUGAGACCGGGAGGUACAGGUAUUUCAUACGUUUGAAUGCAAGACAACAAUGCUUUACCAAACCCUGUUUGGAUUUCUUAAAGUGCUCAAAAAGAAGUGAAAGUUUAUUCCAACAACAAACUAAAAAAAAACCCUUUGUGACUUUUCUCUUCAGCCGUCCAUCUUUCAUCGACCUUCAGUGCCUUUAGAGAGCCAGUAUUUUGCAUUACAGAUGAUUUGUGACUGAUUCUCCUGGUGUGUUGAAUUGGGAGAAGACUGUAUAUAUCUAUACUUGCCUUUAUAUUGUCAUGAUUUGUAAACAAAUUUUUAUACUGGUCCUGCAAUAUUUUGUAUAUGAAAUAAAAAUCUUCAUGAUAUAA